AUGGCAUAUACCAAGAUGGGAAUCAAUGCAUACAUCAAUGCAUGCGUCAAUGCAUGCGUCACCACAGAAAAGAAAAGUAUAAUUAUUGAGAUCUUAGAAGACGGAAGUGAUGAUACAACCGUUGGUGGGGAUUACGUAUUUUGCCAUUUUUAUGGCCUGAGACUCUGA